AUACUGUAGAUCAUAAUGCAUUAGAUCACAUGGACGGGAUGGGAACUGAUCCUUGAUCAGCAUACCUACUCAGAUGCUUUGUGAGUACAUAUGGCCCUGAUGCAGUGAGGCAAAAGAGCUGUGUGUUUGUGUUAUGAAAUAAAAGCCUAUUAAAUCCUAAACAGAUUGGAGGUGAAGAUUGAGGACACAAUACAACAGAGGGCUUUAGUAAAACUGACAGGCAACCAGAGGGCUUCUUUUAGUGACACACACUUGCGAUUUUGUCACGUGGAAAACACAUGAACAACAUGAGGAGAACAUAAGGACAACAACAUGAGAACGAGAUGUCAUUCUGCUGGAACUUGGCUGCCAUGCUCCUACUACUACUGGCCCCUGACCUGCUUCCCACCCGCCUCAUCAACACCCACCCCCUUCUCACACACGCUGUUCCCACCUCCCCGCCGGUCAUAUACCCCAAGAUCCAAUACGUUACCGGCGUGGGCUUCGACUACGACGAAGAUGACUACACUGAAGAGGAUGUUUCCCAUUUCCCUCCUAACCACAGCAAAGCCUCAUCAGCUUCUACUCUAGUUCCGAUGCAGUCCAAGCCCUGUGACUACCAUCCCUGCCAGGACAACCAGCUCCCCUGCUCCCAGCUCUCUGCCCAGACCGGAUGCCUCUGCCCUGGUCUAAGUGGGGCAGGUGAGCCUCCUCAUGCUCCACACCUCCAGAAGCUAGUGCCAGGCGCUAAUGGGGGGGCAGAGGUACGGUGGUGCGCCCCAGCCUCUGUGGUAUCUGAGUACCGGGUCGUGAUCGAAGAUCGAAGAGGAGAACCUCUCCAGUUCGGGGGUGAUUCUCGGAGCGGGGUGCUGGGGGAACUAGAGGCAGGUGUCAAGGUGUGUGUGGAGGCGGUGAACAUGGCGGGAACCAGUGCCCCCUCAAAGCUCUCCUGCCUGCGCUACGACCCCCCUGAGGCCACCAACCUGGCCCUAAGGGCGGGGGUUAUCGGAGGGGGGCUGGGUUUUCUCCUGCUCCUUUUCCUGGUCACCCUGGUCCUCUGGAGGCGACAGACAUGUAAAACAGGGGAAAACUCAGCAGAGGGGCUGGGGAACCCCUCCUACAGCACGGAGGGAACGCUGUGAUCCAGUUUUGGGAUUACAGAUGGUACAGUGAUUCAGUAGCACAGGCGACCCUUAGAGAGAAUGUAGGAGUAAAGCAACUGGGACGAGACAGAGCCAAAAUGGCUUCACUCACCAGCACUGUGCUCAGGUUGUUCAGAAUCCUGCACUUAUGAAUAUAGGAAUUAAACAAGAACUUUGGACUUUUGUGAACUAAAUAACCCUAACAAAAUCUUAAGAGGCGUUGUGACUAAACAGACUGCAGGUUGUUUGCUGGCAAAUUAACUUGUGUACAGAAGGAUCAAGACAGGGCAGUUAUGGCAGUUAGAUUCAUGUGUAGAAUAAAUACAACUAACUGAAUACUCAUGAUGAAUAACAAAAGCAAUUGUUUUCUAAUAAAAGUGUUUUCAUAAUUUUG